AUUCAUUUUGAUAAUUAAUUCUUAAAUUAUGUCUAUAUUUAAUAUUCUUCGUGCUGCAAAGGUAUUUAAAACUAGCGGUAAAAUAUUCACACAAAUUGAGGGUUAUUCAUCUUAUGUCAAAUAUGCUGAACACAAGUCAUUGGAAAAGAUCAGAAAUAUUGGUAUCUCUGCUCAUAUUGACUCAGGUAAAACAACAUUGACAGAACGAAUACUCUAUUAUACUGGAAGAAUUGAUGCUAUGCAUGAGGUUAAAGGAAAAGACAAUGUCGGUGCAGUUAUGGACUCAAUGGAGCUUGAACGUCAAAGAGGCAUUACAAUACAGUCAGCUGCAACAUACACAAUAUGGAAGGAACACAACAUCAACAUUAUUGACACACCAGGCCAUGUGGAUUUCACAGUAGAAGUUGAAAGGGCAUUGAGAGUUUUAGAUGGAGCUAUUUUGGUUUUGUGCGCAGUGGGGGGUGUCCAGAGUCAGACCCUGACUGUCAAUAGACAAAUGAAACGAUAUAAUGUGCCAUGCUUAGCAUUUAUCAAUAAACUCGACAGACUUGCAGCAAACCCUGAGAGAGUUCUUAAACAAAUGCGCUCAAAAUUGAAUCACAAUGCAGCAUUCAUCCAUUUACCUAUUGGUUUGGAGAAGGAUUGUGAAGGCAUAUUAGAUCUCAUUGAAGAGAGAGCCAUAUAUUUUGAUGGUGAAUAUGGCCAGACUAUGCGUUAUGAUGAGAUUCCACAAGAUCGGAGAACGGAAGUUAAGGAAAGAAAACAUGAGCUUAUUGAACACCUGUCUAAUGUGGAUGAAAAAUUAGGAGAAUUGUUUCUCGAAGAGAAAACUCCUACAGUUAGUGACAUAAAACAGGCAGUACGGCGCACUGUAAUAAAGCGGUCCUUCACUCCUGUACUCUUGGGUACUGCUUUAAAAAACAAAGGCGUGCAGCCCCUAUUGGACGCCGUUUUAGACUACCUACCGAACCCUGGCGAGGUGGAAAAUAUCGCCAUUUUGAAUGAAAAGAAAGAUGGUGGUGGGGAGACCAUAGUUUUAGAUCCGGCGAGAGAUGGCACGAAACCAUUUGUUGGUUUGGCAUUCAAGUUAGAAGUUAGCAAGUUUGGACAGCUCACUUAUUUGCGGUGCUAUCAGGGGAUUCUGAGGAGGGGUGAAUUAAUUUACAAUGCCAGAACAGGCAGAAAGGUGAAAAUCUCUCGUUUGGUCAGAAUGCACUCCAACAACAUGGAAGAAGUGAGUGAGGUGUACGCCGGCGACAUAUUCGCCUUGUUCGGCGUAGACUGCGCCUCCGGCGACACGUUUGUAAACGAUAACAAGCUGCAGUUGUCAUUGGAAUCUAUACACGUCCCCGAUCCUGUGGUUUCUAUGUCUAUAAAGCCGAAGAACAAUAAGGACAGGGAUAAUUUCUCAAAAGCUGUUGCUAGGUUUACCAAAGAAGAUCCAACAUUCCAAUUCCGUUACGAUCCAGAUAACAAGGAGACCCUUGUGUCUGGUAUGGGAGAAUUGCAUUUAGAGAUAUAUGCGCAGAGGAUGGAAAGAGAAUACAAUUGCCCCGUCGAACUGGGCAAGCCAAAAGUUGCUUUUAGGGAAACCCUUAUGUCGGCGUGUGAUUUCGAUUAUCUUCAUAAGAAACAGUCUGGCGGCGCCGGUCAAUACGCUCGAGUGUCUGGAAUAAUAGAGCCUCUGCCACCACAACAAAACACAGUGUUAGAAUUCUCCGACGAAACGAUUGGAACAAAUGUGCCCAAACAAUUUAUUCCGGGCGUAGAACGAGGCUUCCUAGAUUCCUGUCAGAAAGGAUUUCUAUCCGGUCACAAAGUAUCCGGCAUUAAAUUCCGUUUACAUGAUGGCGCUCACCAUAUUGUGGACUCUAGUGAACUGGCAUUCUUCCUGGCUGCGAAAGGAGCUGUUAAAGACGUAUUCGAAGAGGGGGCCUGGCAGAUCCUCGAGCCUAUAAUGUACGUGGAAGUGGUUCUGCCGGACGAGUUUCACGGUGCGAUAAUUGGUCAACUGAACAAACGCGGUGGAAUCGUCACGGGAACUGAGGGAGCGGAAGGUUGGACCACUAUAUACGCUGAAGUGCCGCUGAAUAACAUGUUCGGAUAUGCCGGGGAACUCAGAUCGAUGACACAAGGCAAAGGCGAAUUCAGCAUGGAAUAUAGCAGAUACUCACCGUGCCUUCCAGACGUUCAAGAACAGCUAAUUCGGAAGUACCAAGAGGAAAUGGGCUUAUUACCCGACCAAAAGAAAAAGAAGAACUAACGUUAGCAAACAUUUAGAUCUAUUGUUGUUAUUAUAAUUAUUAUUUAUAUUUAUUUUAAGAGUACCAAAUAUAA